AUGAACGAGGAAAAGGACUGUAAGGCUGAGAUGCUUGACUCUUACCUUUAUCAGCCCCACAACAUCGUCGAUCGUCUCACUGAAGAGAACGUUGAUUGCCUAAAAAGCGACAAGAACCCAAAAGAGAGCAAGGAAAAUGAGCAUGAUCAGAAGCAUCGUAAGAAAGGCUGCGAUGAAAUUGUGCGCAAGCUUGAAAAGGAGUUAGACGCUAUGACGAAUCCUAUCUUCCUCGGCGAAGCCAGAGAGGAUCAGCAAAACCUCAAGGACGGUACCAGCUCUUACUCCCAACUCUGA